AUGAUCAGGGAAGCAGAGCACAAGCCAGAAGCUUGCUUUGGUCACCCCAGCAGCCACACGAUUAGCCCACUUCUCCACCAGCAGCUUCUGGAGGCUGAAAGGCGCGUGCAACUGCUACAUACGUUACUACAGCGGCAGCAACAACAACAGCAGCCAGUCCAUCUCCCCGAGACGCAAGGGGGGAGGCGCCCUCCACCGCAACUCCAACAGCAGAAACUGCAGCAGGUGCAGCAUCAGCAGCAAUCAAACCAGAACCAACAACAAAAGCAGCAACAGCAGCCGACGCAACAACAACAACAGCAGCAGCAAAAGCAACAGCAGCAGCAACAUGAACGGCAACAGCAACAACACCAGGAGCGGCGCCAGCAUCAGAAGCAGCAGCAACAGCAGAGACAGAACCAGCAACAGCAGCAGCGGAGGGUAUUGCGACAAAUAUUAGAAGGUUGUAAGCUAUCCCGUUUGGGUCCUUUGGAUCCCCAGGGAGACACUGCCUCCAGUGGUUCCAUGCGUGAGUCUCCUCGCGAGUUGCAGUGCCUGUACAGCUCCACAAGAGACACUACAGUGAGACAAGGAGUUGCCGGGGGAAGGAAAGGCGGCAGUGCAUCCGACCGAAGCGACGAAGAGUACACGAGUACACUGGUGCAGCUUAAAGGCAACAAGGAGACACUGGACCCGCAGCAGACUGAGUCCCGCUGGGUCUCCUGUGGUGACGCUCUGGCUGAAGCAGUUGACCAGUCUCAGGAGGAGCUCCUGUUUUCUCUAAAGCAGGAACUUCGGAAGCUUGCGGAGUUAGGAGGUACAUACUCCUCAUUAAAAAGUGAUCUGCAGCGCAUUAGGCGGCGGGCGGCAGCACUGCGUACUCAAACUGCAGGAAUAUAUCAGCAUUUAGAGUCUGGCGGCUGCGACAAGCCACAGCAGCAGCAAGAGCACCAGCAGCAACAGCAGCACCAGCCUUCAGCGGUUUGCCAUACCCCACCGAACCCAGUUGGUGUAAGCAGCGGUAGCAGCAGCUGUUCAUUAAACUAA